GCGCCUGGCCCUGCCAUGAAUGAGGAGUAUGACGUGAUUGUGCUAGGCACCGGCCUGACGGAGUGUAUCCUGUCGGGGAUAAUGUCUGUGAAUGGAAAGAAAGUUCUUCACAUGGAUAGAAACCUGUAUUAUGGAGGAGAAAGUGCAUCUAUAACGCUGCUGGAAGAUUUAUACAAAAGAUUUAAAAUAACUGGAGCACCACCAGCAUCAAUGGGGAGAGGAAGAGACUGGAAUGUCGACUUGAUUCCCAAGUUCCUUAUGGCUAAUGGUCAGCUGGGUAAGAUGCCGCUUUUUACAGAGGUCACUCGCUAUCUGGAUUUCAAAGUGACUGAAGGGAGUUUUGUCUAUAAGGGAGGAAAAAUCUACAAGGUUCUUUCCACUGAAGCAGAAGCCCUGGCAUCUAGCUUAAUGGGGCUGUUUGAAAAACGUCGCUUCAGAAAAUUCUUGGUGUUUGUUGCCAGCUUCGAUGAGAAAGACCCCAGAACUUUGGAGGGCAUCGACCCUGGGAAGACAGCGAUGUGAAAGGUGUACAAGAAGUUCAACCUGGGCCAGGAUGUCAUGGACUUCACCGGGCACGCGCUGGCGCUCUACAGGACUGAUGACUAUUUAGAUCAGCCAUGUGUUGAAACCAUUAACAGGAUUAAACUUUAUAGUGAGUCUCUGGCAAGAUAUGGCAAAAACCCCUACCUUUAUCCCCUCUAUGGCCUUGGAGAACUGCCACAAGGAUUCGCAAGGCUGAGUGCUAUUUAUGGGGGCACCUACAUAGUGAAUAAACCGAUCGAAGAAAUCAUUGUGCAGAAUGGAAAAGUGGUUGGUGUAAAAUCUGAAGGAGAGAUCGCUCGCUGUAAACAGCUCAUCUGUGACCCCAGCUACAUGAAAGACCGAGUAGAGAAAGUGGGCCAGGUGAUCAGAGUGAUCUGCAUCGUCAGCCACCCCAUCAAGAACACUAGCGAUGCCAGCUCCUGCCAGAUCAUUAUCCCGCAGAACCAGGUCAACUGCAAGUCAGACAUCUAUGUCUGCAUGAUCUCCUCCGCACACAACGUGGCCGUGCAGGGCAAGUACAUCGCCAUCGUCAGCACAACCGUGGAGACCAAGGAGCCCAAAAAGGAAAUCAGACCAGCUCUGGAGCUCUUGGAGCUGCUCAAGCAGAAACUCGUUAGCAUCAGUGACCUCUUUGUACCAAAAGAUCUAGGGACAGAAAGUCAGAUCUUUAUAUCCCGCACGUACGAUGCGACCACUCACUUUGAGACAGCGUGUGAUGACAUCAAGGACAUCUACAAGAGGAUGACAGGGUCCGAGUUUGACUUUGAGGAAAUGAAGCGCAAGAAAAACGACAUCUAUGGGGAAGACUAGCAGCAACGCAGCUGCCGCCUUCAGGACAGACGUAAACUUUGGCAGAUGACGCAUAUUGUAUGAAAUCAGUGUUGUAA